AUGUCGCCAAAAGAUGAAGCUGAGCAGGAGUAUAUAUCAAGGGUACCAUAUGCAAAUGUUGUUGAUUAUGGCUUAUCUUCUGAGCUCUUCAAAUGCAAAAUAUGCCAAUUUAGAUCUCAACAUAGGUAUUGUAGCAACUUGUAUCCAAAAGCUGAGUCAUAUCGUAUAUGCAAUUGGUGCUUGAGUCCAAAGGAGGUUUCUGGUGAUAAAACACAGAACUCUCCAAAUUCAUCUUCUUCAUGUAGAAAUACAAGUGACAUUCAAGAUGGUCCAAUAAAGUUCAAGAAAAAGCUAAUUAUUAGAAAUGAAAAUAUUGAUAUGGGGCCAAGUCCAAAGGGGAAAAAGGGUUCUUUAAUGAAGCUGCAACUUAUCAAGAAAAAUCCCAUUAAAAUACAAAAGUCUAUGGAGCGAUCACCGUCAUUGGCUGCCAGAAAAAGGGUCACAACUGAAGAGAAAAUAAGGAGAACAAAGUCAGAGGAAAGGGGAAUCACAAGAAAGGUACUUAAAAAUAGGGUAAGAAGGUAUAAGCUAUUGGAUGAAGUCUCAAGCUAAUGAAAUUUUAAGAUUUUGUAGAUUGUUAAGGUCUUUUUUUUUUUUUUUUUU